AUGGUCUUCUCGAACUUAGACAUUGUGUUGUCAGUGUUUCAUCGCGACUAUGCAAUACAUGAGGGAAAGAAUCUGACAAUACCAUGUGGCGAUUCGAUUUAUCCAAGCAUAUGGAGACGUGAUGGUAGAAACAUAACAAACAAUUAUAAUCUAAUUAACGCUGACAAUUCUCUUAUGCUUAUUGACGUUACCUCUGACGAUGCAGGCCUUUACAUUUGUUCUGUUUUGAAAAACUCAUCUGACUCUGACGAUUCAUAUCAAGAAUAUGCUUACACAUACGUGAGGGUGAAAACAAGACCAGGUGCGGUCGGUUCGUUUCGUGCUAAGGCAACAACAAUAAUAGCAGUUUUAAUUUGGGAAGCAUGGCGAAAUCGAACAGGCGGAAGUCCAAUAAUAUAUUACACAGCUGAAAUGAGAAGACUGCCGGGAUAUUAUCCAAAUUAUACAGAAGAGAAAGUGAAGUGGGAGAGAUUAGAUCCACAUCAUAUAACACCAAAUGCAAGACAACUUGAAGUGUAUCAUUUGAAGCCAAAUACGAGCUAUCAAUUUCGUAUUUGGGCGACGAAUGAUGUUGGACCAGGAGAAGUUCAAACAAUCACUGCAAGAACGAUUGAACCAACUCAAGAGAAGGAUCUGAUUUUAAGAAUCUUGGAAGAUGCAAAAGAAUUUGAUACAAGAAUUUGGAUUGCAGCAGUUGCAAUCGGUUUUUGUGAUACCGAUGACCAACGAGCGCCUUUAUCUCCAAUCAAAACGCAUUUUUACGGUUAUGGUGGACGUGACGAUUAUGACAAGGACAACCAAACAUUCUCUAGAAAAAUGUCGAUUUUCUUCACAGGCAACACGAUAAAACGGAUAUGAGUGAAGGUCUUUCCCGAAGAAGAACGUCUCAUCAUCAAAUAGAAUCACCACCCACGAAGAUUUUUCCUUUUUCUAUUUUCAUUUAAAACAAAACCAAAACAAAAAAUCUUUUUGCUAAUGAAAACAUUCACUUUAUCUAAAUUCUUUCUGCUUAUGUCAAAUGAUAAGUUUAUUGAUAAUGAAACUAUAGAGUUUGCACUCAACAUUUGUUAAUUAUUGCUAGUCCGUUGAACAUAUCUUAAUAA